CGCACGUAUCAGGUCACUGAACUAUGUACUGUAUGGUUAUCAUCGGAAUCCUAUGUCAGUCCCUGAUUGUAGCAGGAGCUGCCGUGAACGUUGUACGUCGCGAAGAGGUUAGCCUAGAUAUAAUUGCAGACAAUGAAGCCGACACCGAUGACAUGGUCACUAUCAAAAUGCAGCUAGGACCUCAGUCCCGUAGUAUGGGAUGGUGGGCCUGGACAUUUGACAAUGAGGAUUGGAGUGAGACACCAUAUGUUACUGAAUCGAUAUCGCCAGCAUACGAACGUAGGGUUGUCACCGCUGCCGGUAUCGCGGGGGCUUCUCACCCGAUAGAUUUUUCCAAUGAAGCGCUGAGUGUUAAUGUAAUUAACAACGAGUGCUGGAUCUCGAUCGCAGGAUCUGGUGAUACUCAAGAUUGGAUCGAUAACUUGAAUCUCGGAUUGAAAGAUAUAUACUAUGAGGGUCAAUAUGUGGGACUUGCGUUUGAUGGGUUUGUAAACGGCUACAACGAAUACUUUACCUUCGGAGUGAAAGGAUUUGUCGACCAGACUUGCUCAGGAGUAUUCAAAUUGAAUUUCGUCGCGUAUAGUCGCGGAGCCGGUAUACCCACAGUACUAGCAGCCGCUUACCACCAGUAUGGCCAGGUCGCGGUGGAGUUAUACACGUUUGCAUCACCACGCUCUCUCGACGUUGGUACAUCAGACCGUUUUCACAAUCAAUUUCCCCAGAUUCGUGUUAUGAAUGAUGAAGAUGUUGUCACUGGCGUGCCAUUUAGUGCGUGGGGAUUCAAGCACAUGGGUAGCGUAGUAUGUCUUAAUUGCCGGGAAACUGCUCGCGAUUCGGCGGAAGGUGGUUCCAUACUAGCUCAUUUUCUCUCAAAUUAUGCUGCAGUAGUAAAAUCCCUUCUAGGUUAAAUUCUAGCCGAGUUUUGGGUUUGAACAGAGAGUAUAGAAGAUUUUAUAGAAAGAGAAAUACUGGUACAUAAAUACUCCAUCACUACAGGGCUCCACGAUUGCACUCACGA